AUGAUCACAAACGGGAACGUCAUCCUCAUAAUCAGUCGUGGGGAACUACGCAUUCGGGUCACAUCACACUUUCUUUGCGAGAUUUCUGACGUUUUCAACGCGAUGCUCAACGGCAACUUCGCUGAGGGUAUCAGGUUGCGUAACCAGAGCGAGUCCGAGCCCACAAGCAUCCCUCUUCCCGAAGACAGCGGUAAAGCUAUGGCCCACGCGCUCAAAACACUUUAUGGUGCAGACCCAAGCAUGCUACAGCUAAGCCCAAGUGAGAUCAAGGCAGUGGCUUUGAUUGCCGACAAGUACAAUAUGACGGCACGUUUCGCCAUGGCUGGCACUGCCUGGAUGGCUCGCAUCCCAGCCAUGGCUGAAGAUCGGUGGAAGAUGACUGUCGCCGCAUACUGGCUUGGAUUACAAGAACCCUUUAGAGUUAUGAGUCAAGCAUAUCUAGAGAAGAUCAAUCACGCCGAUAUCUUCCGUUUGGCAAAUGAGACUGCCGACGUAGCUCUGGGUUUGAAGCUCGGCAUGGCCCUUCUUCUGCUACACAACGCCCUGAGAGAAAGUACAAUUCAUCGCGAGGGAGGCCUAUGUCUCCGCUGCUUUCGCAUAUCGAAGAAUGAUCCACUGGGUAUGCAGCCGGGCUGCCCCUUUCCCACCAGUCACCGAAUUGGGGGGUAA